CGUAGCCUCUGCUCGCCAGCACGGGGAGCCUGGCUGUACCACCGCGCGAUUCCCGCAGGGGGAGCGACAGCCAGGGCGGCGCCUGGCGGCGGGAUCGGGGGACAGCAGCGCACGGCGGAGCGCAAGCCCUCGCCAGGACGGUGACGCAGAGUCCGCAGGCGCUGAGGCUGGAGGCGCCAGUGGCCGUGGCGCGGCGUGACUCCAGAACCUGCUCGGGACACCCCCCCGCACCCCGUGGUAGGAACCGGGACCCAAACAAAGGCGGGCGGCAGAUAAAAGGCGGCGAGUGCUCCGGGUGCGCGCUGGGGACGCAGCUGUCACUGACCUGCCCGCGGUCUGCACGCCCGGGAGAGGAGCUGGGGGAACGCGAGGCUCCUGCAGCUCCGAGGACCUUCCUCCCUGAGACUCCCCACAAGGGACAAAUCUCGGCGGGGUGGCCGAAGCCCCCAGUUCCCCACCGCACCUGUGUUUCACCCUAGCUCAGCUCGGCCAGCGAGGCUAUGGACUCGGAGGAUGACCCCCUGCUGCAGGAUGUGUGGCUAGACGAGGAACAGCAGGAGGAGGAGACCUCGGGUGAGGCCUAUAGAGGUGUCUCUGGGGCACAGCUGCCCUCCGGAGCACAGGGCUGCUGGAGACGCUGGACGCUGCCUUCCCGGCCCCCAGCCUCAGGGUUCUGGAGCACCCUGGGCUGGGCCUUCACCAACCCAUGCUGCGCAGGUCUGGUGCUGUUCCUCGGUUGCAGCAUCCCCAUGGUGCUGUCUGCCUUCAUGUUUCUCUACUACCCGCCUUUGGACAUCGACAUCUCCUACAAUGCCUUCGAAAUCCGCAACCAUGAGGCGUCGCAGCGCUUUGACGCUCUGGCCUUGGCCCUCAAAUCCCAGUUUGGAUCUUGGGGGCGCAACAGGCGGGACUUGGCGGACUUCACUUCCGAAACGCUGCAGCGCCUCAUCACAGAGCAACUGCAGCAGCUGCACCUGGGGAAUCAUUCGCGACAGGCAUCCCGGACCCCUCGCUCAGCUUCGAGGGUCACCCCUGCCACUCAGAGAUCAACAGCCAGUCCGAGUGAGCGACAUCGACGCCAGGCUCCGCCCCAGGGGGACCAGGUAGCCAAUCAGAGCCGAUCCCGUCGGGGCACCUCGCGUUGGGAUUACUCGCGCACCUAUGUGAGCGCCAACACCCAGACCCACGCACACUGGCGCAUCGAGCUCAUCUUCCUGGCGCGGGGAGACGCGGAGCGCAACAUUUUCACGAGCGAGCGCCUGGUCACGAUCCACGAGAUCGAACGAAAGAUCAUGGACCACCCAGGCUUCCGGGAGUUCUGCUGGAAGCCGCACGAGGUACUCAAGGACCUACCUCUCGGCUCCUAUUCCUACUGCUCCCCGCCCAGCUCACUCAUGACUUACUUCUUUCCCACCGAGAGGGGCGGCAAGAUCUAUUACGACGGCAUGGGCCAGGACCUGGCGGAUAUACGGGGCUCCCUAGAGCUGGCCAUGACUCACCCCGAGUUCUACUGGUACGUAGAUGAAGGCCUCUCGGUGGAUAAUCUGAAGAGCUCCCUCCUGCGCAGCGAGAUCCUGUUUGGAGCCCCGCUCCCCAACUACUACUCAGUAGAUGAUCGCUGGGAGGAACAGAGGGCCAAGUUUCAGAGUUUCGUGGUCACCUACGUGGCCAUGCUAGCCAAGCAGUCUACGAGCAAAGUCCAGGUCCUCUAUGGGGGCACAGACCUCUUUGACUACGAGGUGCGCAGGACCUUCAAUAACGACAUGCUCCUUGCCUUCAUCAGCAGCAGCUGCAUUGCAGCCCUGGUCUACAUCCUCACCUCCUGCUCAGUGUUCCUAUCCUUCUUCGGGAUUGCCAGCAUCGGUCUCAGCUGCCUGGUGGCCCUCUUCCUCUACCACGUGGUCUUUGGCAUCCAGUACCUUGGCAUCCUCAAUGGAGUGGCCGCCUUUGUGAUCGUGGGCAUUGGUGUGGAUGAUGUUUUCGUGUUCAUCAACACCUACCGCCAGGCCACCCACCUGGAGGACCCCCAGCUGAGGAUGAUCCACACCAUCCAAACAGCAGGCAAGGCCACCUUCUUCACCUCGCUGACCACGGCCGCUGCCUACGCAGCCAACGUCUUCUCCCAGAUUCCAGCUGUACAUGACUUUGGCUUGUUCAUGUCCCUCAUUGUGACCUGCUGCUGGCUGGCUGUCCUGUUCACCAUGCCUGCGGCCCUGGGCCUCUGGAGCCUCUACAUGGCACCCCUGGAGAGCUCAUGCCAGAGCAGCUGCCACCAGAAGUGCGGCCGCAAGAGCUCCUUGCAUUUCCCUGGGGACCUGUUUGCAGCUCCAGAGCGGGCUGGGGGUGGCCCUGCCCAGGGCCCGUUACCCUACCUGGAUGAUGACAUCCCCUUGCUGAAUGUGGAGGAUGAGCCAGUGUCUCUAGAGCUGGGUGACGUGUCGCUGGUAUCUGUGCCCCGUGAGGGUCUGCAACCCACCCCCGAUGGGAGCAGCAGGGGCCAGCUCCUGGCCCAGCUGCAAGAGCUGUUGCACCACUGGGUCUUAUGGGCAGCUGUCAAGAGCCGCUGGGUGAUUGUAGGACUCUUCGCCUCCAUCCUCAUCCUGUCCUUGGUCUUUGCCAGUCGGCUCCGCCCCGCCAGCCGGGCCCCAUUGCUCUUCCGGCCUGACACCAACAUCCAGGUGCUGCUGGACCUCAAGUACAACCUGAGUGCCGAGGGCAUCUCCUGCAUCACCUGCUCAGGUCUGUUCCAGGAGAAGCCCCACAGCCUGCAGAACAAUGUCAGGACAUCCCUGGAGAAGAAGAAGCGAGGUUCUGGGGCUUCCUGGGCCAGCCGGCCUGAGGCCACUGCGCAGGAGUCCAUGAGCACUGUGUACAUCUCCAAAGUGAAGAGCAAAGGACGUCCGGCUGUCUACAGGCUGUCCCUCAAUGCCAGCCUACCAGCCCCCUGGCAAGCUGUAUCCCCUGGAGAUGGAGAGGUGCCAUCCUUCCAGGUGUAUAGAGCGCCUUUUGGUGACUUCACCAAGAAGCUGACCGCUUGUAUGUCUACAGUAGGGCUGCUCCAGGCGGCGAGCCCCUCCCGCAAGUGGAUGGUGACGGCCUUGGCCUGCGACGCCAAGCGGGGCUGGAAGUUUGACUUCAGCUUUUACGUGGCCACCAAGGAGCAACAGCAUACCCGGAAGCUGUACUUUGCCCAGUCUCACAAGCCCCCCUUCCACGGGCGCCUGUGUGUGGCACCACCUGGGUGCCUGCUCAGCUCCAGCCCCGAUGGGCCCACCAAAGGCUUCUUCUUCGUGCCUAGUGACAAAGUGCCCAAGGCCCGCAUCUCUGCCACCUUUGGCUUCAACCCUUGUGUGAACACAGGCUGUGGGAAGCCAGCAGUGCGGCCACUGGUGGAUACCGGGGCCAUGGUCUUCGUGGUCUUUGGCAUCAUUGGCAUCAACCGCACCCAGCAGAUGGACAACCACGUUAUCGGGGACCCGGGCAGCGUCAUCUACGACAGCAGCUUUGACCUCUUCAAAGAAAUCGGGCACCUGUGUCGCCUCUGCAAGGCCAUCGCGGGCAACUCGGAGCUGGUGAAGCCGGGCGGGGCCCAGUGCUUGCCCUCAGGGUACAGCAUCUCCUCCUUCCUGCAGAUGCUGCACCCCGAGUGUAAGGAGCUGCCUGAGCCCAACCUGCUGCCAGGGCAGCUAUCCCACGGGGCGGUGGGUGUCAAGGAGGGCCGUGUGCAGUGGAUCUCCAUGGCCUUUGAGUCGACCACAUACAAGGGCAAGUCCUCCUUCCAGACCUACUCGGACUACCUGCGUUGGGAGAGCUUCCUCCGGCAGCAGCUGCAGACCUUCCCUGAGGGCUCAGCCCUGCGCCGAGGCUUCCAGACCUGCGAGCACUGGAAGCAAAUCUUCAUGGAGAUCAUAGGGGUACAGAGUGCCCUGUACGGCCUGGUCCUCUCGCUUCUCAUCUGUGUGGCUGCGGUGGCCGUGUUCACCACCCAUGUCCUCCUCCUGCUGCCUGUGCUCCUCAGUAUCCUGGGCAUUGUCUGCCUUGUGGUGACCAUCAUGUACUGGAGCGGCUGGGAGAUGGGAGCCGUGGAGGCUAUCUCGCUGUCCAUCCUGGUCGGCUCCUCUGUGGAUUACUGUGUCCAUCUGGUAGAAGGCUAUCUGCUAGCUGGGGAAAAUCUACCCCCACACCAGGCUGAGGAUGCCAGCUCUCAGCGCCAGUGGAGGACGUUGGAGGCCGUCCGGCAUGUUGGCGUGGCCAUCGUGUCCAGCGCCCUCACCACCGUCAUCGCCACCGUCCCGCUCUUCUUCUGCAUCAUCGCCCCGUUCGCCAAGUUUGGGAAGAUCGUGGCACUCAACACGGGCGUAUCCAUUCUCUACACGCUCACCGUCAGCACCGCCCUGCUGGGCAUCAUGGCCCCGGGCUCCUUCACCCGGACCAGGACUUCCUUCCUCAAGGCCCUGGGUGCUGUGCUGCUGGCGGGAGCCUUGGGGCUGGGUGCCUGCCUUGUGCUCUUGCGCAGCGGCUACAAGAUCCCCCUGCCCAGUGGGGCUACACUAUAGCCCCGUGCUUGGGUCCUGUCUCCAGCAUCUAACCUUGCAGCCGAGGACGAAGGGAGCUGAGACGCAGAGGCUCUCCGUUUCCUGGCCCAGUUCCAACUAGUUCCGCUUGCAGGCUUCGUGGAACUGGGACUCAGAGCUGUGUGGGCCACACUACCUUCAUCACAGCUCAGACUGGGAGUGGAGUCAGACAGCCCCAUACUGUCUGGUCUCCAUCCCCUCUCCCCAACUGAGGUCUGCCCGGUCGUGGAGGAUGCUUGCCCUCCUCCCGUAUCUAGUCACCACCAAGCAGGUGGCUCCUUACCAGGGUCUUCUCUCAUGCCGCUUCAGUGUUCACGGCCUGCUUGGGUGGACAUUUCAGGACUCCCACUCUACAGAUGUGGAAACUGAGGCACCAGGAGGCAGGGGCUGCCCUGUGGCUGGAUCAGGGCAGAGCCAAAGUUGCCUCAGAGCACAGGUCUCCCUGGGCCUUUGCAAGAAGAGCACAGCGGAUCCAGGGGGACACACCCCCUGAGUCACACCCCCUCAGCAUUAUGCAGCCAGUGCUUGAUGACCCCGUGAUCAUCACCAGGCCUGUGUCCAGGCCAGCAGAGACAGAGGCACUUCUGGGGUCAUGCAUGUCCUAGCCCCAGCCCCAACCUCAACCUCCAGGGAGCCUCAACAUCCCUCCCUGGAGUUCUGGCUCAGCUACCCCCACAGUUCCUAAACCUCAUCCCCCUCACCUGACUGAGAACGGAUGACUCAUGUGUGUUGGGGUGCUGCACGCACGGGGAGGAGCUGGCUGUGCCAGCCGCCUGCUCACGGCAGAUGGUCCCUAUUAAAGUGAGACGAAACUGCAGGCUGCUGCU